GGAGGUGAUUUCUUGCGGGGUCCCCCUGUUCCCCGCGUGGCCUUUUGGAGCCGCCCUCUCGCCUCAGCGAGUAAAGUAUAAAGUCGAAUGGUGGUUUGGGAGGAAUGAUAUAUCCUUCAGGUCCAGACGACGUGCGUUCGGCCGUGAUCUGGUUGACCAUCGCUUCUCCCUCCGAAGUCUGUUCGUCUCUACAAAGUGGCAUUGAUGCAACGAAUUCAGGAAUGAGCAUAUAUUGAACAAAGUCAUCUGUACGAGGCCAGAAGGGGGAAAACAAGCAAGCAAAGUUCAAAUGGGUCUCCGCGACUUCUUUGGGAGUUCAAAACCUGCAAAGACUAUGCAGACCGGCUUGCCACCGUUGACCCAGCCGCCGCCCAAGGCGGAGCCGUAUCUGAUCUCACAGCUGGAAGGAGAGAAAAUCACGAUCCCCGGAAGCAAAGGCGUCUUCCGCAUUCUUGCCUCUUCGAAGCAGACGCAGAACAAGAUAGCCGUCUUCACGUCCGGAGCUGUCCUGUCGGACGCGCCCGGGUUUCACUACCACAAGGAAGCACACGACGUCUUUCUCGUCACGAAGGGAUAUCUGAAGCUAUGGAACGGCGACAAGUGCAGGAUCAUGGGCCCCGGAGAUUUUGCGUACAUACCGCCCACAGUGAUCCAUAAUCCGGAGAUGCUGGGCCCGCACACUGAGUUGUUGGGUUUGAUUGCUCCUGGCGACUGGGUUGACUUCUUCCGCUACGUCGCCGAAGCGGACAAUUCGAUCAUCGUGCCCGAGUUCGACGAGCGAGAUCUGAAGGGCCACAUCAUCCCCAAGGUCAUGGCCGCCAAGGAUCGAUUCGACGUGCACUUUGUGCGGGAUUAUCAGCCUCCAGAAGUGUCCGAGUGGAGAGACGAUGAGAACAAGCUGCCGGACGGCCAAGAAGGGUAUUUCUUGCGCUUUAUGACCGGGCCGCGGUGGAUGGCUGGAGGGUGGAUGAGCCGACCGUUCGUGACGACGAAGCAGAACGGCGGGCGCUUCGCCAUCUCAAGCAUUGAGAGCUCGAACCUGUAUCCGCAUCCAGAGCUGUUCUCCAAGCCGCUAGUGUUUGAGAAGGUGGACCAUUGUUUCUGCGUUCAAGAGGGUUGUUUGGCUGUCACUCUUGGCGGCCAGCAGACCUUGGUGCGAGAAGGGGAAACGCUAGUGAUUCCGUCCGGGCAAGCUUUUGCCCUGCAAGCUUGGUCAAAGUACGUCAGAGUGUACUCCUUCACAAGCGGCGAUGGGAUUGAAGCCGUGAUACACGCAGCGGGAGAACAACAGAAGGGAUACGUGCUGCCCGAUCAAUCGCCCCCCUUGGACGCAUCGCUGUUCUCCAAAGCGUUGAGAGAGCUCUGCAUAAGGCGUGUGCAAUAGAACUCAGUACGUAGAGAAUCGAAC